GUCUGAAAGUAGUGAGAAUAAUUUUCCCGGGAAACAAGCGAAACAGACGUUAGUGGUCGAAGUUAGUCAGCUCAGUUAUCUAGGAUUUGAGUGGAGUUGCCUUGCAUUUCGCCAACUUCUAUUUUUCUCUGUCUCUUUCUCUGUUGUUGGUUAAGAAUAACACAAGACUAGCAAAAUGACCUGGCGUUUUUGAGACCUCGUCAACACCAAGCUCUGAAUCGAAACCUUAAAAAAGAAAACAACUUACUAAUUUCUGUCUCUCUUCGACGUGUCUACCUCACUGUCUCUCCGUCAUUUUCUAAGCAUGGUCAAAUCCCAACUAUGUUUCAGGAUAUUUAUACCCAUUGUUGUCUAUCUGCUCCAAACCCCCCUUGAUUUUUUUUUUUUUUUUUUUUUUUUGGAUUGACCACCCACUGUGUUUAUCACCAGAGGUAAUAAUCUUCUAAACCCUCUAUCCCACUGUCGUUUUGUUCAAUUUGGUCCUCUAAAUUCUGCUCUUUUUUUUUUUUUUUUUGAAUUGAUUUGCUUUCAUCAGUUUGGUUUUGGUGUUUUUUUAUUUUAAAUUUGUGUAUUUAUAAAUUUGAGCUGCAUUUGGUUGGAAAUUAGCAUAAUUAGCAUAAUUUGGUCUGUUUUGUGAUCGUGGUUUCCAGAGUGGGAAUGUAAAUGCGGGCAUUUGGGCAGGGCUUUGGUUCCAGGUCUGUAUCUGUGAUAUGAGUGCUUGAUUCUUCUGCCCUUUGGCUACUUUUGCAUAGAUUUUCAGAGAAGGAAACCGUUUUCUCACUUGUGAAACCAUGUCUGUAUCUCUCUCUCCAAGACCAGUAUCUGAUGUUGAAAUCUCUGAGGAAGAGGGAAAGACUAGAGUUGCGUCGUUGAGGAAGAAAGCAAUGAAUGCCUCUGCUAGGUUCAGAAAAUCUUUGUCCAAAAGGGGUAGAAGAAGCAGUAAAGUCUUGUCUGUCGAAAUUGAGGAUGUGCACGACUCUGUGGAGUUACAAGCUGUGGACUCAUUGCGCCAGGCACUUAUAUUGGAGGAGCUUCUUCCUUCCAAGCACGAUGAUUAUCAUAUGAUGCUCAGAUUCUUGAAGGCCAGAAAAUUUGAUAUCGAGAAAACCAAGCAAAUGUGGUCUGACAUGCUCGAGUGGAGGAAGGAAUUCGGUGCUGACACAAUUAUGGAGGAUUUUGAAUUCAAGGAACACAGUGAAGUCUUGCAACACUAUCCCCAAGGACAUCAUGGAGUAGACAAGGAUGGACAACCUGUGUAUAUUGAGAGAAUAGGGCAAGUAGAUGUGACCAAGCUGAUGCAAGCCACAACCAUGGACCGCUAUGUGAAAUACCAUGUCCGGGAGUUUGAAAGGACAUUUGCUGUUAAGUUCCCAGCUUGCUCAAUCGCAGCAAAGAAGCACAUUGACCAAAGCACAACAAUCCUCGAUGUGCAAGGAGUGGGACUUAAAAAUUUCAAUAAAGCUGCCAGGGAUCUUAUUGCUCGCCUUCAGAAGAUUGACGGUGACAAUUACCCUGAGACCUUGAAUCGCAUGUUUAUCAUCAAUGCUGGUCCUGGUUUUAGAAUGCUGUGGAACACCGUGAAGUCCUUCAUUGAUCCCAAGACAACAGCAAAGAUAAAUGUCCUUGGCAAUAAGUAUCAGAGCAAGCUACUUGAAAUAAUUGAUGCUAGUGAGCUGCCUGAGUUCUUAGGUGGUACAUGUACUUGUGCUGAUCAAGGAGGUUGUAUGCGUUCUGAUAAGGGCCCCUGGAAAAAGCCAGAGAUAAUGCAGAUGGUCCAAAAUGGUGAUCAUAAAUGUUCAACAAAAUCUGGAAUUCAAGAACGUGACACAGCUCCAACUCUAGCUGAUAAGCGACCUUUCUCUCCUAGAUUUACAAUGGAGCAUAUUGAGUAUCCAGGACUUUCUCGCUUUCAGGAAGAAGCAUCCAUAGCGAAAAAUAUCCAAGAGUCUUACAAAUGCAAGGACCAUGUCUCAAUGGUCGGUAAAACUGUGGAUUCAAGUUGGCAAAUGGCAGGGAGCAGCAACUUUGCCCUAUCAAAGGGUUCAUCAUCUAACAACAUAGGAGAUUGUUUUUCCAGGGAUGAUGCUUGCAAAGUUCCUGAUGGGUUCGGCUCUCAGAUUUUGGCUGCUGUUAUGGCGUUUGUUAUGGGAAUAGUCACCAUGGUCAGACUGACGCGUAACAUGCCAAAGAAGCUCACUGAUUCCACCUUCUACUCCAGCACUGUUUGUGAUGGUGACACAAUGAUCAAACCCCAGGGGCCUUCAUACGCUGCCAUCUCUGGUACAGAUCUCAUGUCUGUCAUGAAGCGCAUGGCUGAACUGGAAGAGAGAAUGAGCAUGCUGAGUGUGAAACCAGCUACCGUGCCGGCUGAGAAGGACAGAAUGCUGAAAACUGCUUUAGGCCGGGUUGAUGCCUUGGAGCAAGAGCUCAUGGCAACAAAGCAGGCUCUGGAGGAGUCGCUUACCCGGCAAGACGAGCUCUUGGGAAGUCUUGACAAAAAAAAGAAGAAGAAGAAGAAUAAGAUCAAUAAGAAAAUGUUCAUCUGGUGAAAGGUGAAAUGUCAAACACAGAAGAAAGAUGCAUAUGCUUGGUUGAAUACUUUGAAUAUUGUUGGCUCUCCAAAGCCACCCAAAUGCACUCCUACUCUACUUAUUGUUCCAUAAACGUUUACCACAAUGUGAAUGAACAGAAGUUUUGGCCAGAUACAGAGUUUGCCAGACUAUCACCAUUUUGCAGAUUAUUUCUUUCCUUUAUUUUGGGUCAAUGAUUAUGCAGAUAUAUUUUUCAAAUUAAAUUUCUAAAGUCUAAUAAUUAGUAAAGUAUUUAGUGUUUGGUA